AUGGUAUCAGCAAGGCGUCUUAUGGGGCUUCUCAAAGCCUUGGCGAAGACUUCUGUCGUGGCUCUCACAUCCUCGCAAUCCAUGGGCAAAGGAUUGAGUCAGCAAUCCAUUUCGCUUAACGAUCAGUCCCAAGGCUUACAUGGUAAACCUACGAUGCAUUCGUUGCCACACUCCAACGAGACUAUACGUACAACUUUUGAAGCCGUCGACAUACCGCCCACAGCCGCGAGUAGCUAUUCGAAUGGGCUGAAGAGCUCGGGGCUGCAAUCUUGCAUCGACAAUACAAAUUGCAUCCCCAUCUACAUGCCUGGAUUUUAUCUAGUUCCGACGGUGCCUCAAGAACUCAGAAACGAUGGCUCGGAAGACUCCAAACUUAAAUUUGACAUUCAAACCACAGGACUUACAAUACCAUGGAACCGUUCUCAAACAGCAAUAUCAAUCCCUGGAAAAGAUGCUGAUCCCAAAUUCCGGUUGGGGAGUGACAAAGCAAACCAGACGGAUCAAGCUGAUGCAAAACAGCCUCAAGACGAAAAGAAAAUGGGAUUUCUAAAGCGGUUCUUCUCUCCUCAUGGAUGGUGCAUGGAUAAUGUCUGCCAUGAUCCCAAGUGGCUUAACACGACGUGUAACCUCACUUCAAUCGAAUUUAUGAGGUUACCAGGAAAUACCAGGAACGAAUGCUUGUGGUGUUUUCCCCAUCCCAAGGAGACAGCGCUUAAAGCUCAUUGUAAGAAUGUUGGCGACAGCAUGGAGAAAGCAUUGUAUGGAGCGCUUGGGGCACUUGGAGGGUUGGCAAUGGUCAGCCUAGUCCUAAUAUUCUUGACGCAGUAG